AUGUAUACGUCUAUUCUGAUAUCAGUUGAACAUAUUACAUCAACAAUGAACUGUUUAUCAAAAGAUAAUGUUCAAUUCCUCGAUUUACCUGAUGAAUUAAUUUUAAUUAUUAUGAAUAAAGUCAAAUCUCGCGUUUUAUUGCUGAAUUCUAUUAUUACUAUUGGUAAUAAUCGUUUGGAACAACUUGCACUUGAUAAUUGUCAUUCAAUUGAUUUAACUUUUGAUUAUGUUCAAUCACCAUAUGAAACACUUAUUCAACGAUUUUAUUCACAUAUCAUGCCUCAUAUUAUCGAUAAUAUUCAAUCAUUGACAAUCAACAUUCGACAUAUUCCUGAUAUAAUCACUUUUGCUCAAAAAAAUUAUAAUGGAACUCUUCCAAAUUUGACACAUUUGAAAAUAAUGAUUGGUAGACAAUAUGAUCAAACAGGCACUCCUUAUACAUUAGAUACAAUAGGCAUGGAACUUUACCGUACUUUUCGCCGGAGUAAACCUCUCCUCCCAAUUAUACCUCAAUUUGCUCGACGAGAUGGACGCAUUGGUAGCCGAAUUUUAUCUACCGUUCGUUGUUCACCACUUAUGCGUUCAAUUAUAUCGUUCGAACUUUAUGAUGACUGUAUUUUACCCGUUGUAUCUAAUCCUGAGGAAUUCGACGAAUGUGUCUGUUUACUAAGUCAAUUGGGCUCACAACUCUCUUCAUUCACUAUUAGUAUUGUAUAUGUUUAUGCAUACAAUAGUGAUAUUAUUAUCUCUCGAAUAGCAUCUAUUUCAUGUCCCUAUUUAAAACAGUUGACAAUGAAAAUCUAUCAGAAUAUAAUUCACUAUGAACAAUGUAUUGUUCCUCUUUUACAACGUUUGUCAAAUGUUGAAUAUUUAACAUUAUUAUUAGCUAUUGAUGGAACAACAAGUAGACUCAAUAAUUUUGUUAAUGGAUUUGAUUUGGAGAAAGACAUUCUUUCAUACAUGCGUCAUUUACGUCAAUUUAAUUUUCACAUUCGUACAAUAUUUGAAAACGCUACUCAUAUAGAAAUUGAUACAAUUCGUCAAAGUUUUAUGAAAUAUCAACAAGAAUCUGUUGAUUGUGCAGUCGAUUUUUUCAAUAAUAAUUAUGGUCAAUGUCAAAUCUAUUCGCUUCCAUUUAUUGGCAAUCGUCUUGAUUUCAUUUCAAAUCGAUUUCCACUAUUCAAUAUGACUAAGACAUUCUCAAUGGUUACUAUGUUAUUACUUUUUGAUGAUGUCAAACCGUUUGAAAAUCUUUUCUUUGCACGUAUUGCUCGAGAUCUAUCUCAUCUUAAAACACUCGAAUUAUUCAAUGAACUUGAACAACAAGAGAAAACAAAAGUGACAACAAAUAAUAUUGAGUUUACUCAUUUAUCUACACUAAUUCUAUUUGACAUUCAUAUGGAUUAUGCUGAACAAUUUCUUUAUCGAAGUCAUCUUCCUUCUCUAAUUGAACUGGCUAUUCACGAAGAUAUAUUGUUAGCAAUAAUCACUCAAGAUCAACAACAAGCAAGAAAUAACUGUUCUAAAGUGGAACAUUUAGUUACUUUGGAGACACUCGAUGAUUCAAUAGAUUCUGUUCGAAACUUUUUUCCACUAGCUUUUCAUUGA